AUGAGCCGAUUGGGUAGUAAUUCUGUCGAGAAGGCUACAUACAGGAGGGAAGCAAGCCCGAUGGCUCAUCAAACUUCGAUUUGUGUCCCUGAACCCAUGCUUCACCUACUCGUCUCGCUCCUGUCCAUGGCCAUGAUGCUCAACCUCCGAAGCUCUCAUGACGACAGCGGCUUACUACAACGACUCUUCACGAUGCGGUUCCUGUCGCGUGCCUCUGGCGUUGCCGACGAAGUGUUUGGUGAAUGCAUGGCUGCUACAAAACUGGUUGUUUCACGAACGUUUGGCUUUCGCCAUGAGAGUACGGAGGGUAUUGACGAGGAAGCCAUCGGAAAGAGGGAUACGGACAGAUACCAACCACCUGCUGAAGCCUCUAGACACCGUCGUCAAGAUAGCAUCUCUAGACGGGCCCUCGACAACCCUUAUUCACCCAAAAUAUCAGCGACUAGUACCCUCAUCAACGACACCAGUUACUCAACAACUGUUCCCAAGCAACCUUCGUUGCCGUUGUCGGUGGAGGAGAUCUUGGCCCUUACGAAGCCCACUAUUGAGAAGCUUUUGCAAGAUUCCGGGAGUGUGGGGGCUUCUAUAGGGGUCCUUCGCCAUGGUCAACAACAUUUUGUCAAUCUGGGGACUCAGGAUCUGGGAGUUGCCACGCUUCCGGAUAAGGAUACUGUCUACCUCACCUCAUCAAUGUCAAAGCCAAUCAUUUCUACGGCAGUAGGAAUUUUGAUGGAUGACUUUUCGAAAUACCAGCUCAAGUUCGACACCCCUGUAUCAGCAGUCUUGUCUGAGCUCAAAGGCAGUCCCGGUAUACUGAAAACAUACACCAACCAGGAGCUUACCGUUGGUGACCUUUUGGACCUUCGUUCCUCGUUUCAGUGGAUGACGAAUCUGUGGGAAAGCCCCAAUGGCGAUAUUCCAUGGAAGACCAUAGAUCCUGUCACCUCCCUGCUCCAACAUCUCCCAGCAAACGAUACUUACACGUCUCAAGAGGGUUUUGUCUACAACCGGAAUUACUCGAACGAGUGUUUUGCCUUGAUGGCUAUGAUUAUCGAAAGAAAGACUGGGCAUUCAUGGACGGAAUUCGUCCGUGAAAAGGUUUUUGAGCCACUUGGAAUGCACGACACCUUCGUCGGGUUGACAGAAGCUGAGAAAAAUAGCAAGUCCCAGAUCUUUGCCAAGUCACAUUCGGUUCAGGUGACGGGGGUCAUGCCGGAACUUCUGCAAUGCACAGAUGCACACGGGGUGGUCUGCAGAACUAAGAUUGCAGAAUGCUUCGACAGACACUACGGCCACAUUCCACAACCUGUCGAAAUUCUCCCGUCCCAGGCUUCGGGAGCCGGUCCUGUGGGACCACCGCCGGUCGCCGCGGCAGCAGGCAUCAUGUCUACCACCUCUGAUCUUCUCAAGUUUUACAGCAAGAUUAUGGAUGUUUGCAACCAAAGACAACAGCAGCAAAACAGCAAGCUUCUCUCGUAUCAAGACCAUGUCAGCUCCCCUCUCGAGCGAGGCAUAAACCAUCUCUUCUCUCACAUAGAGAGAAAAUUGUCUCCUAAUCCAUUCAGUAGCACAUGCACCUACUCCGGCGGUUGGAACACCGUCACCGUACCCAUGACCUCCGAAGAGCGGAACGCCUCCCCAAGACCAAGAUGGCCAGGCGCAGAUGGCGACAACGCCAGACGAUUAGAGAGCGCUAUUAACAGCAAGGUCCAUGGGGAUAACCUGGAUUAUACCUUUUUCGUUACAAAACCUGAGCUCAAUGUCCCCGAUGUCAACACGGAAAUUGACACGCCCCCCGUCACUGAGCCUGAAAUGAACAACAAGCACCUCGCCCUCUACCACGGCGGUAACAUGGUCGGCGCUACGUCUUUCUGCUGGUUGCUUCCCGACCACGAAACAGCCGUGGUAGUACUCUGCAAUACGAGGGGGUUCUUGCUCGACGCUGCGAACCUGAGCGGGAUGUUGUUGGCUGAGUGUUUGUUUCUCGCCGAGUUAGGUUCCGAUUCCCACCACGAUGCGGGAUCUGUCAUCAAGACUGUGAGAAGGACUUGUGAAGACACGAAAAAGAUGGCUAGGGCGAUCCAAAUCGACUAUCUAUACAAUCUGGCGAGGUACGAACACACACUUGCUUCGCGGUUCCGUGAAGUGGCAUCGCCUCCAGACGCAGGCGAAACAGAACUUGAAAGGUUUCAAGGCAGAUACGAACUCACCCAGGAUGUCUUUAUUACCAUCACUGGAGAGAAAAGGGGUCUGGUCCUGCGACUUUACGGUACCGGAUACGGGUACUUGCUACGCGAACUGCACGAAAGGGUAGACAAUGAAGAGCUGGAAAAGACAAUGACUUUUGCCCAACCGAUGGCAGAGCUGAUACCGAGCGGAGUUGGAGGGACAAAUAGGUUGAAGGUGGAGGACUUUGUGGUGGUGUUUAAGCGGGAGACGAUGGCAGGGGAAUGGAAGGGGUUUGAAUGGAACUUUGCGAGGAAUAAGACUACACGGAAACAAGGAGAUACAAGCCCGUACUUUUGGCGUCGGAUGACGGAGAAAGGGACUUGGAUCUAA